AUGUUCAUAUGGUUCUGUCGCCAGGCUGAUUCUUUCGAUCUUUUGCUAACAAAUGCUCAUACAAAACGUCAGUAUACAGCGGAUGAAUUUAUUCCACGUAAUUCGUCAGUGAUCGUUCAGAGGACACCGCGAGAUAAUGCCGCAAAAUUACCGAAAGUACAAGACUCAACCAAUUCGGGUAUAGUCACCAAAGCUGCUACAACCAGCGACAAUUUCACGGGACACAUAGAAUCGGAGCAGUUCAAUCAGUUGAGUGAAGAAGAACGUAUAGCACAUAUCAAAGAAGUUUCUGCUUACAAAUACCAACCAUCCAAUUUCCAGAAGAAGUCCUCGUCGAUUCUAUGGGGUCCUCCACCACCGACUUAUCAAUGCAAUCGUUGCUCGCAAUCGGGUCAUUGGUACAAAAACUGCCCAAUGGUAACUGUCAUAUCUUAA